AUGACCAGGGACGUUCUCGCUGCACUCGCAAGCAAUCCAUUUCGUCAUUCCAAUAAGAUCGAGAAGCAAAUGGCGGCGACUCUGAAGCUCAGGAUCCUCACCGUAGCCGCGGCGGCCGCCGCCGUCGCCUCAUCACUGGUUGGCACGGCCUCAGCGGCUGAGGGACCGGCGCCCGCUCCGAUGUCCGGCGCGUCCAUGUUCGCGCCGGCUCUUGCCGCUACGUCCUUCACCGCGCUUGUCUUUGGCAAUCUCUUCUAA